AUGUUUUGUCCCAACGAAGCUAUGGAAUUUCAGGAAAACUCUCAGAAACGUUUGUAUCAAUCGAAUAAUGUGACAGUAACAAAUCCGCAAUUGCAAUCCUUUUCACAUAAAGGUGAAAAAAAUGUACCAACCUCCAUAGUAGGCACAUUUCUUCGAUCAUCAAUAUUUCAAGGUGUCAUCCUUGGUUGGAUUGGUUCCAUCUCGUCAUUGGUUUUAUUAGUCUAUGCAUUUAUGUAUAGCCAAAAGAUGGAUGUCAAUUUCGUAUGGAACUUGCGUAUCGGUUUAUUCCUAUCGGCAGUAACGGUGUUCACAAGGAUAAUGUCUAUUAUUGUAGGGUUCAUGUUGCCGGCUAUUCUAGCGGGCAUUUUUGCCUUCAUUCAAACACCAAUUCUGGAAUCAGGUGCAACAAUCAGUAAAUUAAUGGAAGCAUCUAUGACCCGUGGUCUAUGGAGCACUGUAAUGACCUGCUUUAGCUUUGGCAAAACUUUUAAAUUCGCUAUUGUUAUUGCCUUAGUAUUAGCGUGGCAAUAUAUGUUAUCAGCAGCCGAUUUGUACAUCCAUACCGUUGCUACUGGAACGAUUCAACGACUACCUGGAGAAAUAGUCACAAGCGCGAGAGGAAUAAACAUAGCGACUAAUUGUACUGAAACUCUUCCUCUCUUUGAUACUUGUGGACAAUGGCAAUCAGCUACCAAUGGUGGGUUAUUGAAUCCAGCUAGAGCAUUGAAGACUUACCAAAAUACGAGCGAAACUCUACAAGUUUUGUAUGCUGAUGGUGGUGUUUACCUUUUACAAUCCCCACCUCCAGUACAAGUCUAUGCAUACUCUGGGUCUGGUAUUUUCUUACAACCCUCCUGUAAGCCAAUAAGCAAAAUAUGCAAGUUAGAAGGCAUAGCUGGAGCCUUUACAAAUUACACAUGCCCCGAGACAUUAUGGUCAGCCGCAGGGAACACACAAAAACAUGGUGUGGAUGAUGUGUUUUUGAAUAUCACAACACUGAUUUAUGACCAAGUAUUAGAAAAAUUCAAAACAUUCAAUCCCAUACAAGCGAUUGUUUCUGCACGAAUUGCCAGAGGAGGAUUAACGAAUUACGAUUCCGAGUUUAUAAACGAAACACAUGGUGACCUUUCAAUUUUAAUGCACUGUCAAAUAUUCGCCUCAUUAAUCGAAUAUGUAGUCACUUUAGGAUCGCUAAAAGCAUCCCCAUUGGGAAACUUGACAAAUCCACAACUUGUGGCCCUUGUAGGUGCGUCAGCUCGUAUGGCUCGACGAGCGGUUAAUGAUGUCGCAGAUUUAGCAUACAAGGGAGAUAGCAAAUCAUUCGCCAAUGGAUUUGCACUUCAAUGGGCUCAAGCAACCAUUGCUUCAUUCAGUGGCGCAGUUCAAGAAAAUGGAGAAGGGUAUUCUUAUACGCUUGAUAUAAAUAAAGAACAAACUGUCGUUCCAAUUUCAGCUGCCUUGCUAUAUGUCAUUAUUAUUGCAUUUCCACCAUUAAUCUUCUCCUGUAUAUGUCUUAAUUCUCUACGAAAUUGGUUAAAUGGUAUAUGUAUCAGCUGGAUAUUUGCUGAAUAUAUUUGUAACCCACAGAGAUUAUUUUAUCAAUCCUUAAUUGGAGAACAUUAUAUAGAAGAUUCCUGUUUGAAGAGUUUGGCAGUACAGGAAAAAAUACUUAGAAAUGUUGAGUUAAGUAUCACAAUAGAAGAUGGGCAUAUAGUACAAAACAUCCAGGCAUGUUAA